AUGCCGGCCCGGCCAUUCCCUUUCCCACUUUCAAUAGGCACAGACAUAUGUCGUACCGCAAGAAUCCACAAACUCAUCAGCAGACCCGCGGUUGAAGGACAAAAACAAUCACCUCUCCUGCAUUUCAUGAACAGAUUCCUUACGUUCCGAGAGCAAAAUGACUUUUGGAAGAAAUUCGGCACGAUCCCAAAUGUGGCCGACAAAAAAUUUGAUGCCAUUACGAUGCAUCUCGCUGGGAGAUGGGCGGCGAAAGAAGCCGUCAUUAAAGCCGUUGGAUAUCGACAAGUAAAGUUGAUGGAUGUCGAGAUCCUCCGCUCUCGAGGCCCAAACGGAGUUGGUGGUGUCUUCGCACUCAUCCGAGACACACCAGGAUCCCCUACACCAACCGAGGAGAGUCGAUCGGCGCCCACAGCCGUUGCCAUGGAGUCUACUGGAACGAUUCGCAAGGUCAAGAUCAAUCCAAGAAUGCAGGACGAACCUUUUCAUUCCGAAAAGGAGGAGUCGCUGGAGGAGGCGUAUGGAGAGCUGGAAGGACAAAUCGCCAAGGUCAGCAUCAGUCAUGAUACUGGAUAUGCUACUGCGGUGUGUCUUGCGGCUGAUCAGCCGAUGGAGGGUGAUGUUGGUGGAGAGGCUGCUGCGCGGAUGCCUUGA